AUGGCCGCCGAAAAUUUCGACACUCAUCUUUGGCGUAGCACUCUCCGACCGGAAACGGUAGAUGAGGGCUAUGAAACCCCCAAGCGCGAAUCGAAAACGCUGCCGGCUGGAUGGAGACUGACGGAUAAGCAUGCUCCCUUCCUGGUGGACACUUUGUGGGAAAAAAAUGUCGAGGUCAAGAUGAGGGACGGAUGCAAAAUCUAUGUUGACAUCUUCAGGCCCCGUGACGCUGCUGCGGGCUCUGUCCCGGCUAUUAUCGCUUGGAGUCCGUACGGAAAAUCCGCAUGCCACACAGGAGGGUUCAAUCCUUUGGAUUUGAUCCCCGGCCGCGUGGGUGUUCCUCAACAUCGUUUGUCUGGAUUUGAGAAAUUCGAGGCGCCAGACCCUGCCGAGUGGACGGCCAAAGGAUACGCCAUUGUCAAUCCUGAUCCCCGAGGGACUCACUUCGGAGAUGUAGAGGCCAACGAUGGCUAUGAUACCAUCGAGUAUAUUGCCAGUCUCCAGUGGUGUAACGGAAACGUAGGUCUGGCAGGCAACUCGUGGCUUGGCAUUGCUCAAUGGUUCAUCGCCGCGACGCAACCGCCGCACUUGAAGUGCAUCGCCCCUCUCGAGGGCGCGGGGGAUUUAUAUCGCGAUAUAUUGUGCCGGGGCGGUAUUCCGCAGACGGCCUUUUGGAAUUUUCUUUCUGGAUUGCUCCGAGGUGAAAACCAGCAGGAGGAUGUGGUCGGGACGUUGAAAAAGUAUCCGCUCAUGAACAAAUAUUGGGAAAGCAAACGAGCAAACAUGAGCCGUAUCAUGGUUCCGGCAUAUGUUCUCGCAAGUUAUUCCACAUUUCUUCACACAUUCGGUUCCUUCCGGGGUUUCCAAGAAAUAUCCCAUGACAAGAAAUGGCUGCGCGUUCAUGCCACACAGGAGUGGCAUGAUCUGUACCAGGAGUCAACAAACAACGAACUGAACAAGUUUUUUGACUUCUACCUCAAAGGCGCGGAAAAUGGAUGGCAUAAGACGCCAAAGGUGAGGGUGUCGCUUUUGCGCUAUAACAAGGAACCCCUGGUUGACCAAUCCUACCCCGAUUGGCCUAUUCCCAGCACCGUCGCCGGCACACUCUAUCUCCAGGCAGAUAACAGCCUGGCGAAAACGCCCCCGCCAACUCCGGAGACUCUAUCAUACAUGUCGGACGUGCCGUUUCAGCAGGCCGAUGACGAUUCAGAGGAGUUAUAUUUUACCUACACGUUUCAAAGUCCAUGUGCCUUAGUGGGAACUGCUCGCGCUGUAUUGUAUAUGGCAUGCGAAGCAGCUGAUGACAUGGACGUGUUUGUGCAGAUCCGGAAAGCAGACUUGAGCGGUAAUAUCCUGCGGAAUAUUAAUAUUCCUGCUGUUAAUAGGAAAUCCUGUAAUAUGCCAGAACCGGUUGACUUGAUUAAUCCUCUAGUUUACCUAGGUCCUACUGGGUGCCUCCGGGCUAGUCAUCGUGCCUUGGACAAGAAAUUAAGCAGUCAGUGGUGGCCAGAGCAUAAUUAUUCUGCCAAGCAGCCUCUCCGCCCAGGAGAGGUUAUUAAGUUGGACAUAGGGCUUUGGCAAACCGGCAUCUACUUUGAGCCCGGCGAAAAGCUGGUUUUGAAGGUGUCGGGGCAUAACAUGACUCUGGCCGAGUUCCCUGACUUGCGAGGGGCCAUGCCAAGCUUUAAUAAAGGCAAGCACUCUCUCCACGUCGGUGGCUCAUUCCAAAGCCGACUGGUGAUCCCUAUGAUUCCAAAUGCCUAG